AUGGGCCGCGUCGAUACUGACAAUGUUGCCACUUCUUUUGCCGUACAGCCCGCGAGCCCACCGCGCAUCUGGUGUACCAAAAACAAUAUCCAACAUCCAAACAUCCUUGAAGAGGGCCUUGUAUGCUGCGACCUCUUUCGUGAGACGGCCAGCGGGUACUCGGGCACCAAACACGUCGGAUACACUCCGGGGUACAAGCUGCGUGGUGUGUUCCAGCAGCUGCUCGCCCUCUUUUCCUCCGAGUUUAUCAACGACAACUGGGGUUCAGGCGGCCAGCAUCUUGGAAAUGCUGUGAUUGAGCAUUUUGUUUCCGAGGCGGAUCUAUUGCGGCCGUUUCGCUACUCACACCCACUCAGCGAUAGGCGGGCCAUGUACCCCUAUGUUGAGAAUGAGGAACGGCUGGAGAGGUUGUGGAAUGAGGAUGAUUCGGAGGACGUAUUGAUUAUGACCUAUCAAUGUGAGGACGGAACCGAGAUGAGACAACUCACCAAGAAGAGCAUGUUGCGCGGUCAAGAGCCCCAAGUACAAAUCCCGCGCAGCAUGCAUCCUCAAGCACAAUGCAAACCAUCAGUUGCAUCUCGUGUUCCCGUGUCCUCGCGUGCCUCAAGAUCUGCCUCAAAGGGCCCUCCCCGCAUUUUCAAGUUUGAGUCGCGGAACCCGUACUGGGAGCGAACGCGCCGCAAACUGGCAUCCUUUGAGUGCUCUGAGUGUGGUUAUGGAAGUGAUUCCAUGCCACAUCAUUCGCCUGGCGGGAUUUCGUCUGUUGGACGAGAGUCGAAGCCCGCCUACAUGGUGCCCGCGGCGGUCAAUCAGCUUUCCCGACUCAAAAUGGAUGUAUUACACGUCCUGUGCGAGUUUUUGCCCGACGAGUCCCUCCGAGCGCUCAGCAACGCGUAUCGGCCCUUUGACGCGUUUUUGCGCCGUACAAACGUCCUCCGCAGGCGCCAAGUGCGCUGUUUCUAUCUCUCCACGCCCUUUGAAGAUUGUACAAAGCCCGAGGGAGCGCCAGAGCCAGCCUCGAGCGAGGUGAUGGGCAUUGGCAUCUCGUUGGAAGGUGCAAAGUUGUCUUGCCCCACUCUCCUCGACGGCUUCCUCUCUGAAGCCGCGUUCCAGAAAUGCGGCGUAAGGAGGAGUAUAAGGAAAAAGGAGUUUGGAUUCUUCCUCCCGCUUGCUCUCAACUAUCGACAUUUCCAGCAGAUCAAGCCCCGCGUCUUGGACUGCCUGAAGACGCUCAGCGCAGAGGUUGCACUAUCAGAACCAUAUCGACGCGAACAUGGUUUUGGAAGCCGUUCUCAUCGUCCAACGGCGGCUAGAGGACCUGGUUAUGUGCGCGGAGCGACUCCUGCGAUGAACACGAGGAGUGCGGUCCAGGCAGAUGUGGACAGUGUCAACGUCCUGUACAAGUUUCUCAAUGACGCGGUUGGGACGUAUAUGCGCACUUGCGAAGCCAUUCUCGACGCACCUCCUGCAGCGCUACGACGUCGUGGUGACAUGGGAGGCCACUCUCAGAGUCACCCCCAGGAUGAAGAAUCAUAUUCUACCAGUUUGAUGCACGCAGCGGAAAAGUUUUUGCCCGUUUAUUGGCAGAUUAUGCAUCUCCUCAUCUGCCUCUGCCGUGAUAACCCAGCGAUCCUCCGAGCGGCCCAUACACGAGUACGACAGUUUAUCGACAGUCCAGACAAACGAAGCAAAGAGUAUGAACCCGAACUCGGGGAACUUUUGGUCGUAGCGGCGUUGGUCUUUGCAUGCCAGGACGAAGGAUUACUCCCAUCGAAAGAACCCGCCGAAUCCGCCCCUGAUCCACCUCCACGUCAAUCUCAGCGCCUUCAGAGAACUCCUGGAAGUCGAACAAACACCCUCCUCCGCACACCGAGUAAGCGACGAGGCGCGUCCGUGGCUCCGAGUCUUGCUGGCUCUUCAGCCUCUCAGUCCUCCAAAGACCCGCAUAUUCGCUGGUCGGAGCACUUUGCUGGGCCCCUCCUCCAAGAGGCCAUGACUCGCGGUGCAAAGAGCACAGUCGAGCAUUCGCCCGAUUUGCAAGUUUUCGAGACUGGUGCUUCGCCGUAUCGUAUCAUGCGGACUUUCCAGCACUGCCGUGGGCCAUUGCGGCAGCUUGCGCUCCAAGUCUCGAUGCUCGCCGUAUUCAACUACUUCACAGGAUCACAACCCGGACCCCACCAUCAACAGAUGCACCUCGAUCGGUCGUUUGGCAACCCACCGCCAGAAGCCAUGCACGCACUCACAGAAGAAGUCAAAGUCGUGCAUCGGCUCUCCACGUGGGGAGAGCUCUUCACCAAAGUACAAUACGAAAAUGGGAAAGCGUGGAACGAAGACGAACUUUCCGCUGCUUUAAGACAAUGCAUGCUGCUCAGCGAGCAGCGAGGGUAUCAUACAAACCAACAUCGGCAUGGCGAUGCGAGAUCGCGCUUGGCUCAGAUUAGGGAACGCAAAGAACGGGAUUGGAAGCGGGAUCAUGCUCGACGUGUGAGAAAUCAGCGCUGA